AUGAGUCUGCUAAGUACGAAGACAUUUCUGUGCGUUAUAAUCAGUUUGACAGUGUGUCAAUAUACUCAAAGUCAGUACAUCGUAUUCGACAAUCCCAGCGAUGUUACUUUUCCUGAUGAUGAUGACUCGGUUAGAAUAGUGGGCGGACAUUAUGCGGGGCUCGGAGAUUUUCCAUUCAUGGCAGUGGUGCAUCGACUCGUGGGCAAAGGAAUAAUCGGGAGUUGCGGCGGCACGGUCAUAUCCAGAAGAUGGGUUCUCACAGCCGGCCAUUGCGUAGUAGACUACCCGCGAAGAUUUUUCGUAGUGUUCGGUAUCGUCGACAAAUCUGGAGUUGGAUACAAUUUUCUGCAAGGCCCCGGUGUGUCGAUGAUUACGAAUCAAGCGAUUCCACAUCCGCAAUACGCAAAGGCCUACAAUGAUAUUGGAUUACUCUACAUGCCACAAGAUAUUCCCUUUUCCAGAACUAUUCAGCCAAUAAGACUCGCGUUUUAUGACGAAAGUUUUGUAAACAGAGAUGCUCAAGUGCUCGGUUGGGGAAGAGAUCGUAUGGGUGGCGAUGGUACUGUAAGACUUAAGUAUGCUACAUUGCCGAUUAUAGAAAAUAAUGUAUGCAAGAGAUACUGGUCCAUCAGCGACAAGCACAUUUGCACGGCCGCAGGUUUGGGACGAGACGCUUGUCAGGGCGACAGCGGUGGUCCUCUCAUCGUAAGAAGAAAUGGCCAUGCCCUUCAAAUCGGUAUUGUGAGUUACGGAGACGCAUAUUGUCCUAGCAACUUACCUGGAGUGUUUACUAAGGUUUCUCCAUUUAUAGACUGGAUUCACAGAGUUAUGAAGCUAUAUUAA